AUGUCCUCGAGAUCGGGCAGCUCCCAUCCCCGCCCGCAGCGCUCCCGUGACCCGCAAGACGACCUCCCCCCGCCCACGCUUCCUCCCCUGCGGGGUCUAGCCUCCCAGCGUGAACGGGACAGCGCGUCUCCGUCGCCCCUGACGCCAUCGUCGGCAUCGUCCCUGGCCCGGCUCCAGACCCAGGCUCGCUUCUGGACCUACGCCGCCUCCCGACGAGCAGAGCGCAUACGCAGCCUCGACGACGCCGACGAUCUGGCCUACAACGAGUUCAGCAGGGCCCUGACUGACUCCAGGGACUACCCAAACCUCGACCCCGCCCCCCCGCGUCGUGCCGCCGAUGGCAGCGGCGGCAGCGGCGGCAGCGGCGGCGGCGGCGGCGGCGGUCUGAGCUUCAACCGCACCUCGUCCUUAGCCCACGUCAACUCCCAUCUCAGGGCCCUCAUCGACAUGACCAGCCCGGGCGGGCACAUCUCCCCUCCCGCCAUCACUGCCGCGCCUGGCCUGUCCGGCAACGACAGCAGCAGCAGCGCUCUCCCUCCGUCCACGCCGCACCACCGCUACCAGCCCGACCUGGGGGGCGGUAACCGUCGCAGCAAGAGACGCAAGAUCGAUGGGUCGCAACGGCCCAUCCCCAGAGCUCCGCCCUUCCGGUACGGCAAGUACGGCCAGGUCGAACCGGGACGCCUGCGCAUGGAGAUGGUCAGCUGCGACGGCGGCAUGUUCUCCAACGAGACAUCGUACGCCGCCGAGAACGUGCUCAGGGACGACAGCUCAGUCUACUGCACAAAGGGGAACCGAUGCAACAUUGUCCUGCGCCACCAGGGGUCUACAGCCUUCACACUACAGGAGCUCGUCAUCAAGGGUCCCACCUCGAUGAACUAUUCUCACCCAGUCCGAGAAGGCUUCGUCUUCGUGGCAAUGGACCACGACAGCCUCCUGAGCCGCACAGCCCAGUACCACAUCCAGUACGCCCCGGCUCCCUCACGCAGGGAACCGGCCUGGUCACCCGACGACGACGACGACGACACCGAGGACUCGUCCUCCCGGCCCUCCGUCUCCCUCCGGCGGGACGGCACCGGCGGCGGCAUCGUGAGCAGCUCGCGCGCCCGGCGGGCAGGUCUGUACCGCGGCGACGACGACGAGAACGAAGAGUACCGCGCCGCGCAGAUGCCACCCGAGUUCUCACUCAGCCGACCCAACGUGGACGUGUCGACCGACUGCGGCGACGACGAGCAGGCGACUUCCGCCGAAGCAGACGCCCGCCCCCUGCGUCGACCGGCGCCCAACCGCAUCGGCCCCCUACCCUUUGAGAAUAUGGACUCGGAAGACGACGAUGACGGCGACGGCGACGGCGACGGCGACGGCGACGACGGCUACCGGUACAACACGGACGGCAGCCAUCAUGCAGACCACUACAACCAGAUGUUGGGGGGGGGCCGACCCUCUGCUUAUUCUUCGGCUACCCCCGGUGCGGGUAGCAUCUCUCUCAACGACGCAUGGGAGGCCCACGCGACGGCUACGCAGGAGGCCAUCCGGGCCGUGGGGGGCAGCCAGCUCCUCUCCCCGCAUGCCCGGUUCCUCAUCGAGAAGCGCAAGAGCGUCUGCACGAUCCGUUUUGACCCGCCCGUCACGGGCCGCUUCAUCCUCCUCAAGAUGUGGAAUUCGCAUCACGAUCCCCGGUCGAAUAUCGACAUCCAAGCUGUCGUUGCCAAGGGUUUUUCCGGUCCGAGAUUCUUUCCUUCUAUUCAGCUGAGAUGA